AUGUCUAAGGUGGACAGUUUUGGAGAGUCUGACCUGCGCUCACAGCUUCGAGCAUGUCGCACUGAGAUCGCGAUGGCAAUUCAUGACCCUUUCCCACUGCUGUAUGGACUGGCAGAUCACAACAUCAUCUCCGAACAGAUCUUGAGGGAGACUUUAGAGCGAAAGAAAAAGGACGGGAUUCACAAAGCUGUCUACUGGCUGCUCACUUUGCUGCUGGACCAGGACACUACAAUCCUUCAGGCCUUCUGGAGAAAUCUCUGUAAAGAGUACAACAAGGAGUGUUACCCCAAACUGGAAACAGUGUUUAUGAACCUCCCCAAAGGGUUAAAGCAGGCGGUCAGACACAAUGGGAACCCCAAGCUUGAGCUGCAGGCCCGCAGUCAGUCCGGCAAGAAGAGAGGGGUUUCUGAUAAACAGCUGACCCACCGGACACAUCACCACCACAGCAAGAAAUCCUUAACAUCCAGCUCUGGAAGCAAAGGCAAGCUAAUGAAGAAGACAGAUGGAGCAGCACAUUCCCAGGUCUCAGUGGGAAAUGGGGUCCAGGCAGUGUCCACCUCAGUCCAGAGGGCUGUGACGGUAUCUGCAGGUGAUCUUCCUGACGGCUGUGGGAAAGUGGAGGAGAUUCUCAUCCAGCAAGUCAUUGAGUCUGGAGGAGCCAAAAAAUGCAUCAAGGUUGGAGGAGAAUUCUACUCUUCUGGCAAACUGGAUGAGACAGCUGGAGCACAGCAGACGCAGACUGCACACACCUCCAGUCACCAGCAGAGAGAGCCAAGCAGCAGAGGCAUGACAGUAGAGCACAAUGAUGAUGAGUGUGCGAUGUGUAAAGACGGUGGCGAGCUCAUCUGCUGUGACGGGUGUCCUCGUGCCUUUCAUCUCACCUGUCUGGUGCCUCCCCUCACUUCCAUACCCAGGGGUACAUGGCGCUGUCAGCUUUGCCAACGCAACAGAGUGAAAGACAGGACAUACACACAGAUGCAGCCUCCAGCAACAGAGACAAGCUCUGGCUCUGCUGUGGAUUUCUCCUUCUUCUCCUCUCUGUCCUCUACUUCACUCUCCACAGUCUCAGCAGGCAGCAGCGCUCAAACCAUGGGCCUCCAGUCUUCAGAUGGUGAAAGAGUUGGGAUCAGGAUGGCGUGUGGCAUCUGCUAUCUCACCCGAGGAGAGCUGAUCACCUGCCCUCAGUGCCUGCAGACUUAUCACGCCCUCUGCAACUUCCCAAAUGGAAGGACAAGAUGUAGGAAUUGCUCCAGAUCUUGGGGCCCUGAAAAUGACAAUUCAUCAACAUGUAGGAGUCUUCAGUUGAGUCAACAUAUGAGUGAUCAGGGCUUAACGCCAUCAGAGCAGCUGCUCAACAGAGACGAGAUGGACUCAAUGAUGGGGGAGAGCUCUAUAGAUGGGAUCCUGCAGUGGGCUUUCCACAAUAUUUCACGUCCUCUUUCUGAGACCCAAGGCUAUUUCCAGUGAACUUCACAGAUUCAUCCCGGCUGUGCUUCAGAUGUCAGUAUCAGGUUUAUUCUUGGUUUUAGAUGGACUGUCUUGAAGAAUAGAAAACAUUAUAAAAUUAGAAAUAAUUUGAAGAAAAUGAAUGUACUGGUUUAUCCAUUUCUUUAUUCAGAGUUACAAUUGUUUUAUGUUUGUACAGUCUAGAUCUCA